CUGGAUACGUUAAACUUAAACUUCACAAUUUCCUUGCUUCGCCUGACUAAACUGGCACUUGAUAAGUGGAGUCGGCAGCAAGCCGAUUUAUCCCAUCGUCGUCCUUCAAUUCCUGUUGAAAAACAGCAUUCUCCCUCGAAAUCGAACACUGAAAAUGUAAUGGUGUCGGACAAUAAGACGGAGGUUCCCGACGACCGUCAGGUCUUAGAUAUACCUCGAUUGCAAAUGCAGUGGUAUGUUUCCAGCUAA